UUUAUGUCUAGAUCUUGUGUUUCUUUUCGUCGAGGUUCGAGUUAUGUCUCGACUGUCAAAGCGUUUUUAUCGCGUAGACAGCACGAAAGAUCUUGCUUUCUUUGAUCAUGGCGAAGUGGCCCGCGUUUCAAAUCAGUGGGUGUUCGAAGUGGCGUGGGAAGUUGCAAACAAAGUGGGUGGAAUCUACACCGUGAUCAGAUCGAAGGCGCCGGUGACUGCUGAAGAGCUUGGAGAUCAGUAUUGCCUCCUCGGACCGUACAAAGAACAGUGUGCCAGAACAGAAGUGGAAUUCGUCGAAUUUCCUGUCUCCUCUCCUCAUCUGAUUGCUGUUCAAAAGCUUAGGGAUGCCGGGGUUCAAGUUCAUACUGGAAGAUGGUUGGUGGAUGGGAAUCCGAUGGUUAUUUUGUUCGACAUCGGAUCCGCCGCCUGGAAACUACACGAAUGGAAGGAAGAACUCUGGAGGAGCGCAAAUGUUGGGAUCCCGUGGGAAGACGUCGAAGUGAACGAUUCUCUCAUUUUUGGAUUUCUGUGCGCCUGGCUUUUGCAGGAGUUUCAUGAAGCCGCCGAAGAAGCUGGAGCCGGUGUUACUCCAAAAAUCGUUGCGCAUUUCCACGAAUGGCUCGCUGGCAUUGGUCUCAUCAUGCUCAGGAUUCGUCAAAUUGAAAUCGCCACAGUUUUCACUACACACGCCACCCUCUUGGGGCGUUUUCUGUGCGCUGGCGAAGUUGACUUCUACAAUAAUCUGGACAAGUUCAACAUCGACGAGGAAGCAGGAAAGCGACAAAUUUACCAUCGGUACUGCAUAGAAAGAGCUGCCACGCACUUGGGGCAUGUUUUCACGACUGUUUCCGAUAUCACUGGGCUGGAAGCUGAACACUUACUUAAACGCAAACCCGAUGUCAUCACUCCGAACGGUCUGAACGUGAAGAAAUUUGCAGCUUUGCACGAAUUCCAGAAUCUUCACGCGAAAGCAAAGGAGAAGAUCAACGAGUUUAUCCGCGGUCAUUUCUACGGAUUUUACGACUUCGACUUGGAUAAAACCCUGUUUUUCUUCACCGCUGGUCGCUAUGAGUACAUGAACAAAGGAGCGGAUCUCUUUAUUGAAUCCCUGGCACGGUUGAAUCAUUAUUUGCAAGCGACGAAUUCGGACAAAACCGUCAUCGCCUUCUUGAUCUUCCCGGCGAAAGCGCACAAUUUCAACGUGGAAAGUUUGCGUGGACAGGCAAUUACGAAACAGCUUAGGGAUACGAUUCAUGAUAUUCAGAACAAGAUUGGAAAACGAAUGUAUGAGAUCUGUCUGACUGGAAGAUUGCCUAACGAAGGAGAGUUACUGGAAAAUGUGGAUCAGGUGAGAAUCAAGCGUUGCAUAUACGCUCUUCAGAGAAGCACUUUGCCGCCUGUCACGACUCACAAUGUCGAGAACGAUUCCGCGGAUCCUGUUUUGACUGCCAUCAGGCGAUGCAAGUUGUUCAACAGCAAGCACGACAAAGUCAAAGUAAUUUUCCAUCCGGAGUUUCUGUCAUCUACCAACCCCUUGUUCUCACUUGAGUACGAUGAAUUUGUUCGCGGAUGUCAUCUGGGCGUGUUUCCGUCGUAUUACGAGCCGUGGGGCUACACACCUGCCGAGUGCACGGUCAUGGGAAUCCCUUCUAUCACGACGAAUCUGUCUGGUUUCGGAUGCUUCAUGGCGGACCACAUCUCCGACCCAAUGUCUUACGGAAUCUAUAUUGUCGAUAGGCGACACAAAAAUGCGGAGGAAUCGGUGCAACAGUUGGCGCAUUACAUGUUCGACUACACGAAGCUUAACAGGAGGCAAAGGAUUAUCCAGCGCAAC